GCCUCCGCCGUCGCCGUGGUCAGCAUCGUUGGAUCUCCCCUGUUCUGGCGGAGAUAUAUCUUUGGCUGGGAUCUCCUGUCUGUCCUGCUCGUUGCGACUCAACCUUCUCCAACGUCUUCCCUCAUCUGCUCCUCCCCGUCUGACCUUGCGCUCAGAAUGGCUGAAUAGGCCAGUGCAAGGUCUGCUGUCCUGCCUCUGAUCCACCGUAUCUGUAUGGCUCCCAUUGAGGCGACGCGUGGCUGAACAGUCAGGACAACCGCACCAAGUGCCUGGACAUGAUGAACCAUCAUCUGCCCGCCAUGCCCCAUGGGCAGCCGCCCAUGCCUCCUCCAAGACGGCAGCAUGAGAUUCCCUACUCAACUGGGCCUCCUAAUAUACGUUCUCCGCCAGCAUACAUGGGCUAUCAUCCGCCUCAUCUCAACGGUCAUCUUCCUCCUGCGUAUGCGCCGCAACAGUACCCGCACUGGUAUUCUUACCCGCAGAUGCAGCCUCCUCCACGUCCAUACCAGCCUCCGUAUGCACCGUUGAUCGUCUCCUCGUAUCCUCAUACGCAGCCUGUGAUGGCACCGGCCCAUAUUCCACCUCCUUCGCUUCCUCUGCAACCGAGGACGGCUGCCUCGACUCCUUUUCAACCAACCAUGUCCCCGUCGCCGCCCGUGCCCGCUCCCAGCCAGAUGGUUGCUCACGAAAACCCGCUUAUCGGCCAUACGGUCAAUCCAGUUCCAACGCCAACCACGCCUUCGCAGUCCUCAGAUGCUCUUAAGCUAGUCCCCGCUGUUCGAGAGCCCUUUCGUGCACCCGUUCCCUGGCUUUCUGUUCCCAGUGCGCCUUUCCCUGCUAGAGUCCCUCGCAGACGCCGAAAGGGUCGAACCCUGCAGUCUGUGUCCGUGGAACUUCCCGUGAAGAACACCCCAAGCUCGCAGGAAACGGCCAACGAACAACCAGUCAAGGCACCAGAGUCUUCAGCUCCCCUGCUUUCUGAGCCCCAGACACCUACUACCUCACAUGCCCCAUCCGAGACUGCCUCAACUCAGCCCACAACUCCCUCGUCUGCAGUCCCUCAAUCAACCAGCCGCCCUCAGAACCAGGCACAACCACAAGUACCUGUAAAAAGCUCCGGUGCUUCCAGACCUGCGGUGCCCGUCAUCCCUGUGGUCCCUAUUGUCGCACAAUCACCCACGAACCGACAGCAGAGCAAGGAUGGUUCUGGUCGUCCCUCUACGACGGCCAACGAGAAUGGUGCUGACUCAUCUCGUGACGCCUCUGCGGAAGCGACUACGACGGGAUCAACUAAUGUCGUCGAAGAGCCAGCAAAGCCUGCUUCUCAGCCUCCAGCUCCUAAAUCUUGGGCUGACCUUGUGAAGUCAAAAUCCGCUUCGCGGAAUGCAGGAGUUCCUACGCCUUCAUCUACUGAAGGCAGUGGUCUGGCUGUGUCCAGAAGCCAGACUCUUGCAGAGGUCCUCAAGGACCUAGGAGCCGAUGUCGAUCAGUACAGCGAUAAGAUUGCAUUCCUCGAGCCCAGGGGACUUGUAAAUACUGGAAACAUGUGUUACAUGAAUUCGGUCCUACAGAUUCUUGUUUUUUGCAUUCCGUUCUAUCAGUUCCUGGAACAUGUCGGUCGACGAGCUGCUCAUAGUUUCAAAAGCGACGUUCCUCUCAUCGAUGCUAUGAUUAUGUUUAUGCGGGAGUUCCGAGUCAUCGACGCAGCACGAUCGACUGAGCAGUUGAAAUUGCGACUCAAACAAAACGAAUUGGAGCAGUACGGCGAUGCAUUCUCCCCUGAAUAUGUCUAUGAGGUGAUUAGGCAGCUGCCUCGCUUCCGUGAUAUGCGCCGUGGUCAUCAGCAAGAUGCCCAGGAGUUCUUGGGAUUCCUCCUGGAGGAACUCCAUGAGGAAUGUACUGAGGCUGCCAAGGCUGCCGGUGCAGUUGGAUCUGAUGUGUCUGCGUCCGCGGACGUCGAAUCCACUGCUACUUUCGAAGAGCCGUCAGCAGACGGGUGGUUGGAAGUUGGCCACAAGCAAAAGGCUGCUGUUACUCGAUCCUCAGGGCAUAUUGCCCUGGAAUCGCCUAUUACGAAGAUCUUUGGGGGAAAGAUCAGGUCAGAAUUCAGAGUCCCCGGGAACAAGAAUUCCGUGACCUUGGAACCAUAUCAACCUCUGCAACUUGACAUCGGAUCUCCUGAAGUCAACAACAUCGUCGAUGCUUUGAAAGGCUUGACGAAGCCAGAAACUAUCCAUGGCGACUUUAGCUCUGCACGUGGACCUAAUGCAACCGCAACGAAGCAGAUAUUCAUUGAAACCCUGCCACCCGUCCUCAUUUUGCACCUCAAACGUUUCCAAUAUGACAGCGUUACCAGGGGCACUCAGAAGAUCUGGAAGAAAAUCGGCUAUCCACUCGAUCUUGAAAUUCCCCGUGAGGUCUUCCCUCCGCAUCGGCGCAAUGCUAUAACGGCGCAAGGAGGAUUGCCGAAAUACCGACUUAUCGGUGUAAUCUAUCAUCACGGCAAAAAUGCGAGCGGUGGUCAUUACACUGUCGAUGUCCGCCGCCAGGACGGCCGUGAAUGGAUUCGUUUAGACGAUACUGUUAUUCGCCGCAUCCGAAGCGAAGACGUCGCUGAGGCUGGUGGUGAGGAGGAUCCCAAGGUUGUUGCUGCUGCGCUUGAGCAGCACAAGCGCGACAAGAUCCCGAACGCAAAUAUAUACGACCAGUUCGACCAAGACGACGAGAGCGUCGACAACGAGAAGGGUUGGAACCAAGUCAACGGCAGUGGGUCCGGUCAUUCGAGCAAGAAAUCAACCGCUGCCGCUGUAGUCGCGAACGGAACUGCGUCGCCAGCAUCUUCAGGUGUCCGAACGCCCAUCGGGAGGUAUGGCAGCCGUGACAACAAAGUCGCUUAUCUCCUGUUCUAUCAACGAAUCAGCAACCCUUAAGAGGGUCCUUGCGAGCGCCGACCCUAUCUUUCAUACCGUGUCUGCGUGUAUCGCGGAUACUAUCGCUGCCAACGGUGCUGACAUCCUCAGCUGCUACUCGAAUCCUCCAUUCUUA